AUGGCUGAGAUUAUCUCUUCCUCUUCGUCACCAUUACUCUUGUUUGAAGGGGCCACACCAACUAUUCAACAACGCCUCCAAUUCAUCAUGCAAAGUCGAAGUGAGUGGUGGGUCUACGCCAUCUUUUGGCAAGCAUCAGAAGACAACAAUGACCGCAUUCUUCUUUCUUGGUGUGAUGGCCAUUUCCGAGGCCAUGACCAACUCAAACUCGGGUUUGACAUGAAGAGAAAGAAGGUGGCCAGAGGAAUUCAAUCACUUGUCAAUGGUGGCGAUGCCACAGACCCCGAGUGGUUUUACAUGGUGUCUGUGACAAAGUCAUUUGCCCAUGGAGAUGACAUUGUUGGCCAAAGUUUUAGUUCUGGUGCUUAUGUGUGGCUAACCGGUGAUCAUGAGAUGCAGUUUUACGACUGUGAAAGGGCAAAAGAAGCUCAUGGGCAUGGGAUUCAAACUAUGGUCUGUAUUUCAAUUUCAAAUGGUGUUAUUGAACUGGGUUCCUCAGAAAUAAUCGAAGAAGAUCGGGGUUUACUCCAACUAACCAAGUCUCUUUUUGGUUCUGACUCUGAGGAUAUCACCAUGGUAUCAAAACAGCCUGGUGGCCAUGUGGGUGAGAUUCUGUUUCCCCCGAACCGGAAUCUUUCCCUCCUAGACUUUGGUGUUCCAAAAGAGAGUUAUGAAGAGAGAAAUAAGAAAGAAAUGACGAUAGUAACAGGCCAGUCAUCAUCUGAAUCAGGGGCUUCUGAUCUUCAAGGCACUUUUUACUCAAAUUCAACAUUGAUGAACAUUCGUUCUGAAAAAAGAGAAAGGAAGACAAUGAUAAGCUUAGAAACACCACCCGUAAACCAUGUUCAGGCAGAGAGGCAGCGAAGAGAGAGGCUGAACAAUCGGUUCUACGCACUACGAAGUGUGGUGCCCAAUGUAUCGAGGAUGGACAAAGCGUCUUUACUUGCAGAUGCAGUUUCAUAUAUCAAAGAGCUUAAAGCGAAGGUAGAAGAAUUGGAGGUAAAACACCGAGUGGAAUCCCAAUCCCACAAGGCAAAGGUAUGUAUUACGGACCUAUAUAACAACCACCAAAGCACGUUUUCGUCAUCACCGUUGUGUAGCUAUGGGAUUGCUAAUAUAGCGGAUGCGGAAGUGGAGGUGAAGAUGCUAGGAACAGAAGCGAUGAUUCAAGUGCGCUGUGUGGACGUGAAUUACCCUUGUGCAAGGUUGAUGGAUACAUUGAGAGGCCUGGACUUUGGAGUUAUUCAUGCCAGUGCUUCCAAAGUGAAGGAGCUGAUUCUUCAAGAUGUUGUGGUUACUGUUCCUAAUGGAACAGCAAGUGUGGAGUCCUUGAGAACUGCUAUUCUUAGCAGGUUUCAGAUUUAA